UGCUGGACGGGAAGUGGGCGGGGCUGGAAAGGAGCUGCUCGCUGGGCGCCGGGUGGCCGAGUGGCAGAGUGAAGACCUACCAGCCUGGCUGCAGCCCCCGUGAUGCUCUGGCCAUGGCCUCGGGAGCCUCACAGCAGGACAGCCAGACGGCAGAGGAGAUCCCCAGCUUCCUGGACGCGUUCCUCCACGACUUCCCAGCCCCGCUGAGUCCAAACAGCCCUUUGCCAUGGAAGGUCCCAGGCAUGGUGCUAAGCCAGGAGGAGGUGGAGGGCGAGAUGGCCGAGCUGGCGAUGGGCUUCCUGGGCAGCAGGAACGCUCCACCAUUGCUUGCGGCAAGUCUGGCCCAUGAGGCUGUUUCCCGGCUGCUACAGAUGGACCUUUCUGAGUUUAGGAAGUUGCUGAAGCAGGAGGAUGAGGAUGGUGAUGAGGAGGAGAAGGCCCCCGUGACCUUGCUGGACGCUGCAGGCCUGGCGCGGAGCCUCUUCAACCAGCUGUGGGAAGUGUGCAGCCAGCAGCAGGUGCAGGAGCACGAGCCUGUGGAGGCCCAGGUUCUGCAGCUGCCGUGGCUGGUUUCUGUCCACGCCGUCCGCAAUGCCCGCCGCAGGAUGGAGGACCGACACGUGUGUCUCCCUGCCUUCAACCAGCUCUUUGGCCUGUCAGACUCUGUGGACCGCGCCUACUUUGCCGUGUUUGACGGGCAUGGUGGGGUGGACGCCGCGAGGUAUGCAAGUGUGCAUGUGCAUGCCAAUGCUGCCCGCCAGCCGGAGCUGCCCACAGACCCUGCAGCGGCUCUCCGAGCAGCCUUCCGUUGCACCGAUGAGAUGUUCCUCCGGAAAGCCAAGAGGGAGCGGCUGCAGAGCGGCACCACAGGGGUGUGUGCACUCAUUGCCGGGAGCACCCUGCACGUUGCCUGGCUCGGGGACUCCCAGGUACUCCUGGUGCAGCAGGGGCAGGUGGUGAAGCUGAUGGAUCCACACAGACCUGAGCGACAGGACGAGAAGGACCGCAUCGAGGCGCUGGGCGGCUUCGUGUCACACGUAGAUUGCUGGAGAGUCAAUGGGACGCUGGCCGUCUCCAGAGCCAUUGGGGACGUCUUCCAGAAGCCCUACGUGUCUGGGGAGGCGGACGCAGCCUCGCGGGAGCUGACGGGCUCCGAGGACUACCUGCUGUUGGCCUGCGAUGGCUUCUUUGAUGUGGUCCCUCACCAGGAGGUGGCUGGCCUUGUGCAGAGCCACCUGGUCGGGCAGCAGGGCAGUGGGCAGCGCGUGGCCGAGGAGCUGGUGGCUGCAGCCCGAGAGCGGGGCUCCCACGACAACAUCACGGUUAUGGUGGUCUUCCUCAGGGACCCCCGAGACCUACUGGAGGGUGGGGCCCAGGGGGCGGGCCUCUCUGAGCCAGAGACCCCAGCUGCCCCCAGAAGCUAGGAGGUCCAGGCUCCCCACCCUGUGAUUCCCACCUCAGAUGCCUUAGGACCUGGCAGGAGGUGGGCAGGCACCACCACCCAAGCACGUUCCCCCAUGUGCCUCUCUGUCCCCUGCUUGCGUUGGCCAUCCUGGUGACUGCCGAGGGUGGCACGCCCUGCUCACGGCAGGCGGUGGGAUGGCAGGAUCUCCAAAGGAAGCCCCAGAAUGGGAUGGGGCCCAGCAAGUAGACAGGCUUUGUGCCCCAUCAGGCAGGGAUGGGACCAGACCAAAGACACCUGGCAUGUGCACAGAGCAGCAGGACGCUACCUGGGGGACACUCAGGCAGAACCAGGAACCACAGACAUUUUCAGGCACCCUGGGCACCCAGCAAAGAUUUCUCACCCACCCCUCACUGCGGGUGACUGGGAGGCAUAUAUGGACAGAUGUGCCUGGCGGGUCCUGGUGCCUGGUGGGUCCUGGCCAAGGCAGGUGGCUUCCCAAAGUAUGUGAGGGGGGGCCUCCUGGGCAAGGGAGGGGUCCUGUCAGCAGUGCCCAUGCAUCAGUGACUUCCCUGGUCCCUGUUGCCCAUGGUGCACCAGGGAGGGGAUGUUCAGACAAAGACGAGUGUGUCUUGUUUGUGGUCUUUUUUUUUUUUUCCAGGGAAAAGUCUAAUUCAGAAGCAGUAUUUCAGGUUCUGUCCUUGUUAUGUCAGUGCCAAGAGGACCUAUUGUGUCAUGUAACUUGAAUAGAGCUCAGCAUUUAUUUUAUUCUUUAGAAAACUUAAGUAUUGAUUUUUUUUUUUUUUUGAGAAGUGUCUUUUUCAGUAUUACUGAAUUUUUUUUCCCAAGUCAGGAUUUAAACAAACACUUUUCCAGGUGGUGUCAAUAAGCCAUUCAAGUGCCUUAAACAGCUUUAGGCAAGGCUGCAACUGCCAGGCCUGUGACCGAUUCUGAUAGCAUGUUUAAGUUGUUACAAAAGCAGGAUUUAUUUUGUCAUAGUGGCAGGAUUUUGGCCAGAAUUCUUCCUACAAGAGUUCUUUCUGCCUUUGUGAUGUGCCAAUGAGAGUGAGAGCUGGGCCAAGUGGUCUGGGCUGGACUGCAGGGCCGGAAUCAGGUGGCCGCAGCCCUGCUUGCCUCCCCACCCGUCUCAGCCCUACCACUCACAUCUCUGACUGGACCCCAGGCUGAGGGACUAAGCUCCGUGAUCAAGCGGGUCCUUGCUGCUGUGUGGAAUAUUCCAGAAGGUCUUGCCUAUUGGUCACUGAAUUGGUUUCACCUGCAAGUACGCGUAAGGGGCUCUGCAAGGCAGAGGCAGCCUGUGGGUCUCUGGCUGCAUUUGGAGGAGGUGGUGGUGCCACCGGAAGCCUGAGCUGCCCGCCUGCUGCAGCCCCUCCAUCGGCCCUGAGGGUGGCAGCCUCUGCUGCCUUGCUCUGCCUGCAGCCCACCUGCCUGUGAAGCUCAGAGGCCUCAGGACGCAGUGACACAGGUUUGCUCAUGUCCAGUGGGGCAGAUAUGAUUAUGUGUGGACUUGAAAUUGCAGGCCUGGACCCCUGGGGAAAGGGGUCUCUGGUGGCAGGUCUAGGAAGGUCAGCAGGUGGCUUAGUGAGGCUUCAGGGAUGCCCCUUGGGGGCUUGUGGGACUGGGCAGGGGGAGGAAGCUUAGUGCCAAUGGCUGUGGGGCCCCAUGGGGGCGACCAUAGUCCACUCCCAGCAGUGGGCCUGGAUGAGCUGUGCAGGGAGCCCCUGGCGUCAGCCAGGGCACCAGGGUAGGGGCAGUGUGAGAGCCUCUCCUGAGGCCAGUCCACUGUCCAGCAAGAGGGGAGGGAGACCUUGGGGGUGGGGACGCCACCUGCAGCCUUAGCAUUUCCACUCCCAGCUGUGGUCAGUGCCUCGCUCCAGAGCUCUGUUUAAAAAGCAGCUUUAAUGUGGUCACAGCAGUUCAGAGAUUUGCUCCAUUUAACCUGAAGGCCCUGCCUUCUGGGGGCCAGAGGUCCCCUCGCAGCCCAGGAGCAAGGAAACGCUGUCCUCCCUCCACAGGGGGCUGGAUUGUGCCAAACCUGGGCACAGAGGCCCUCUUCCUCCCAACUGGGCACCUUCAGCCUGGUCUGGAAACCCUUCCAAGCCCUAGCUUUGUCAUAGUCAUUGUCUUUGUGCCUCCCUGGACCUCAGUGUCCUCUCUGCGGGACACAGUGGCACUGAGUCUGCAGCAACGCCUGGAUUUCUGGAAUCUCCGGGCCUCGAGGCCAGCCGGGCCUGCUGGGGAGGUGCUGCCAGUGCAGUGCCAAGGGCCCCUCCCCUGCAGCAGGGUGAGAUGAUUAAGGGUUAUUAGUGACUAUUCUUAACAUGAAGUGGGCUGGGAAAGAAUCAAGCUCCUAAUGCCAGUGCCUGCUUUAUAUGGGAUACAAAGCCGGAGUCCUGUGGCCCUGCUGGUACAAGUGGGGCUGAUCCCAGUUGGCAGGGAUUGGGGAGGCCCAGGGAGGGCACCAGGUGCCAGCCCUCCAGUGUCAAGCCCCCAACCUGCUGAAAUCCAAGGGGCAAACUUCACCCAGCCCAGCUUCAGCAUCCAGGAUUAGGAAAUGGGUGUUUUGGGAGGAAGAGCAGUGGGGUGGGGGAGGCCCCACAGGAGAACCCCAAACCCUCUGGUGUGCUAGAUCGGCUUCCGAAGACCCCUGCCCUCCCUGGGCCAGCAUGCAGCCCUGCCUUGCCCCUUCUCCUGUGGCUGGAAGUCCACUGUGGACUUGGGUGUCCUGGGCACCUCAGCAGUAUCCCCAGGGCGGGCACGUAGCCCACCCCUGGGCCUGGCCCCCAUUCAAGCCACAUGGAAACCUGUGCAAAUUGAGCUUUGAGUUUGAUUCUGGCUGCGGCCCCAGGGCCGAGGCUCCACAGCUUUACCAGAGCACCUCCAGCCUUUCAAGGCAUUAUCUGUGCACGUCUCAGUGGGCUUCCUGGAAGUGUUCUGUGCAAGAGGCACUUGUUUCCAGGCGGGGUGGCUGUUUCCACUUCUGAGGGACAAGUGCCUGGGGCCAAGGUGUCAAUAAACCACAAGUCCAAACCCA